AUGAGCUACUACUACGGCAACUACUAUGGUGGCCUUGGCUAUGGCAUUGGUGGCUUUGGUGGCCUGGGCUAUGGCUAUGGUUCCAGCUAUGUUCUUGGGGGCUAUGGUGGCUAUGGAUACUUCCGUCCCUCUUUCUAUGGCAGAUACUGGUCCUCAGGAUUUUACUGA